UCGCGCGCGGGCCGGGAGGCUGCGCCCACCCUGCGGCGGCGGCUGCCGGGCGAGCCAUGGGCACGGUGCCGUCCGCGCUGAAGCACUGCCUCAGCUACCAGCACCUCCUCAAGGAGCAGCUGUGGAUCGCGGAGCCGCCCGCGGCCGCGCACCCCGCGCAGGAACCUCAAGCAUCUGGUCUGCCUGAGUACAUAAAGAUUGUAGAAGUUGGGCCGAGGGAUGGUUUACAAAAUGAAAAGAUGAUAGUCCCAACUGAUACAAAAAUUGAGUUCAUCAACCAGCUUUCCAAAACAGGCCUGCCUGCAAUAGAAGUGACCAGUUUUGUUUCAUCCAAAUGGGUACCUCAGAUGGCAGAUCACAAAGAAGUAAUGAGUGGUAUUGAGCGGCAUCCUGGAGUACAGUAUCCCGUUCUUACACCUAAUCUUCAAGGUUUUCAUUCUGCUAUUGCAGCAGGAGCUACAGAAGUCUCAGUAUUUGGUGCAGCAUCUGAAUCUUUUAGCAAAAUGAAUAUUAAUUGUUCAAUUGAAGAAAGCAUGGAAAGGUUUGAAGAAGUCACUAAAUCUGCAAGGAAUAUGAAUAUUCCAGUGCGUGGGUAUGUGUCCUGUGCCUUGGGAUGCCCAUAUGAAGGAAAUGUUGUACCAGAUAAAGUGGCAGAAGUAUCUAAGCGGCUGUACAGUAUGGGCUGUUAUGAAAUCUCUCUGGGAGAUACAAUUGGUGUGGGGACACCUGGAAGUAUGAAAAAAAUGCUGGAAGCUGUUAUGAAAGAAAUUCCUUUGAGUGCUCUUGCUGUUCACUGUCAUGACACAUAUGGCCAGGCGUUAGCCAAUAUCCUCACAGCCAUACAGAUGGGCAUUGCUGUAGUGGAUUCAUCUGUUGCAGGACUUGGUGGUUGUCCCUAUGCAAAAGGUGCUACUGGAAAUGUAGCCACAGAGGAUGUGAUAUACAUGCUGAAUGGUCUGGGGAUCAACACAGGAGUAAAUCUUUGUGCUGUGAUGGAAGCUGGAAAUUUCAUCUGCACAGCUUUGAGCAAGAAAACAAACUCGAAGGUUGCACAAGCUUCCUUCAGUACUGGAACUAUCAAUUAAAUGGAUUUUUCUUUUUGCAGCUUGAUUACAUUUUCCAUUUUCCUUGACCAAGGACAUUUGCAUCAGGAAAAGAAACAAGAAAAUCAUUGAAUCAAAGAAGCAAAAUUGUUUUGUUUUGUUUUGUUUUAAUGGGAAGAGUUAUUGUACUGUACUGUCUUGUCAGGAAUUGUCAGACUUGUAAGUAAGAAAAAAUGACUGCAUUAUAGAACCCUGUACCCUGUACUUGGUACUUCUAAAGAUGAGAAAAGUGUAUAAACAUUAGGACAUUUUACCAUGUUUUAAAUUGAAUUUUUAGUUCUUUUCAGGAAAACCAGGUAGAAGCGAUGAGUACAUAGUUAAAUUUUAAUCAAGAUGUCUUUCAGAACAGUACAAAUAUUUUCAGUAGUUUAUGAGAUCUCACACUGUGUGUGGCCAUUCUAUUAUGUAUUUUAUUUAUAUGAAUUCUUGCUUUUCAUUUGUCAAGUCACUGUGUUAUGAACAUGGAGCUAAAUCUGAAUUCACCAUAAGAAUUUUUUAGCAAUAGAACUUCUUUUAAAUUUUGUUUAACAUCUGUUAAAUUAUGGAUGACUUUAUCUUGUUCCAAGACAUUGUGGUGAGUGGCACUCUGCCAGAUGCUUCAAAUACUCCUGCAAAUUUCCUUAUUUGUUACAUAUGUUAAAUUUGUUGUAGUUGCCUUUUUUGGUCACCUUAUUAAAACCUAAUUAUAUGAAGCAAAUAAAAAUUGAGAAGGUUUUCAACAUCA